AUGAGGAUUGCAGUCCCCCUCUUCACCAUUCUCGUCUUUAUGAGCCAGGUUCCACCAGGCAGCAGCGGUUUCAGGGAGGUCUGUGCGCGUCCCAAUGGCUCCUGCCACGAAUUCUGCAUCGAAUCAGAAAUCCAGGUUGGGAGAUGUUUAGAUGGCCGAGCCUGCUGCCUGCCCAUGGGGAACGUGCCACAAAUCGACCCUACUACGCCUAAGGGGCGCUGA